AUGACAACUAAGACGAAUAGUAAAAAUGGAGCGAAUAAUAAUUAUCAAAAGUCGUUUGUACAAAGAUUACUUAAUCCUCGUAUAUUCAUGAUACAGUUGUCUGUGUCACUGUUCCUGGUUGCAUGUAUGGCAAUGGGUUAUAUGGCCGGAGUCUUGCCAACUAUCCAGAAGCGAUACCAUUUAAGUGAUGCGCAGACAGACUGGAUUGGGGUUAGUUACGGAGUCGGCGUGGUUUUCGCCAUACUUUGGAUUAGCCAUUUUGGAAGUUACGGACGCCGUCCAAUCGUCAUGGCAUUUGGAAUACUCGUCUGUGCCGUUGGGGGCGUCAUUGCAGCAUUGCCACAUUUCGUGUUACCAAGAUUACAAGAAAACGCGGCUUGGAACGUACUAUCCAAUAGGAGUACGGAAAAAGAAUACUGUGGCCUCACUCAUGACGUCAACAAGCCCGACGAUUUCUGUGACGAAGGUCAGUUAGUUGACGCCGUAGCUCAAGAUACGACCACCAUCUUGGUAUCCGUUGGUUUGCUACUGUGUGGUUUCGGUGUGAGUCCGUUACUGUCACUGGGUACUGUUUACAUGGACGAUGGAGUCGGUAGUCACGAAACUGCGAUCUACUUAGGUGUUGUUUCUGCAUCUCUCAUCCUUGGACCAUGUAUUGGCUUCGUAACUGGAGUUGCCAUAGUGAUGACCUAUCAUAUUGAGUUUAACUACGUAGAAACCACCAUGACGUCAACACAUCCAUAUUGGUUAGGUGCCUGGUGGAUGGGCUUCCUAAUAUUCUCGGGUAUAAUGGUCGUCUCUUCUGUGCCAUUCUUUUUCUGUCCAAAGGAGUUUUCAAAAUCGGGUGGUCGCAGAGGGCGCUACAAAUGGGGGUUCAGUCCAUUAAAUGACAAUAUCAGUUGCCUGGGGAAGCUAAAAGAUUUCGGUGAAAAGUUGAAGACUUUGAUGUGCAACCCCCUUUUAAUGGCGGUCUGUAUCGGCGCUGGUGCUGAAAUGGCUGUUAAUAUCGGCGUUAUGAUGCAUUUACCGCAUUACCUUGAAACGCAGAUGCAAGCUUCUGAGCUAUAUGCUUCUACCUUAUCUGUUGCUAUUAUGCUUCCUAUGGCCUGUCUUGGUAUCUUCACUGGUGGACUCCUCAUUAAGAAACUACAAUUGUCGGCAAAAAAAUGUGCUCGUGUAAUCAUGUACGCUGAUCUGACGACCAUAUUGAUCUAUUUAUUUAUCUUCCUAUUCGGUUGCAGUACACAGAUAUACCCAGAUGUCUUUCACUCAACACCAAACAGCUCCAGUACUGUUCUAGACAAUAACACGAAUAUUACGACUGUGAAUCUAACAAUGCCUUGCAAUGUACAAUGUAACUGUGAUAUGGCGACGUUUUAUCCGGUUUGUGGUUCAGAUGAUGUCACAUAUUACUCGCCGUGUCAUGCUGGGUGUUUGGUGAAAGAAUUUGACAUCGCCAAUGGCGCAAAUGGACAACCUGUCAAGAAAUAUUCCAACUGCUCAUGCGUUGCUGGGAACAUGGACGAAGGAACCGAUAAUUAUGUCAUAGGGGGCGUGUGUGAUACAAGCUGUGCCAAUUUCCUACCUUUUACUUUAACUAUGUUUGCUAUUGCAUCAUUUUUUAGUAAUAUGCCAUGGAUACCGUCUAUUAUGAUCGUAUUAAGGACAAUGAAUUAUGGUGAUCGAUCUAUCAGUAUUGGCCUUCAAUAUUUAUUCAUGCAUUUAUUUGGGUUUAUAUUGGUGCCAUUGAUACUCUUGGCAGUAGUUGAGAGUACGUGCUUUCUGCGUCACAUGGUAUGUGGCGAAAGUGGAAUGUGUAUGGCGUAUGAUAUUCUAUCGUAUAGAUACGCAUUCUUGACUGUUGCUGGAGUGUUGAAGUUCAUCGCAUUUUGCGCUUUUAGAGCAACAGCAGCAUAUAUACGUAAAUUAUAUAAGAAGAAAGGACGUAAAAGAGCUGUGAUGACGCCAGCGAAGACGAUGGAAAAUCAUGAUGAGAUGACAGAGGUGGACAAAGGCAUAGAAUGGGACAUUGUAGAAGAACCAAAAGGAGAACACCUCACCAAGUUCAUGGUGACGAAAGUUGAUACCCCGAAAGCAGAUGAGAAAAAUAAUCACGCCCAGAAUGAUAAUGAGCACAAAGACAUUGACAAUACAGGACCAACAGCAGGGAAUGGAGCAGAACUCAAUAAUGUUCAUGUUUCGAGUUUGUAA